AUGUUGUCGUCCUCGGCGAUGCCGCCGGUGUCGCCACGGGAGCACGUGGAGAGGAUCCGGCGUGAGCGCUACUUCAUCGGGCGCGGCGAGCAGAACCCGCUGGCGGAGGACAUGCACCAGGCGGUGAACUACCUCAGCCAGGAGCUCUACUCCAAGGACGUCCACUUCCUCAUGGAGCUCAUCCAGAUAUUUCUAUUUCGACCUGCGCCCUGCGUAAGUCUCUACUCACUCGAUCUCACUCAAUUCUCAAUCACAAAUAAUGAACAAGCACUCAAGAACACUAUGAAUGCUGAGGACAAUGGUUAUCCUUCUGGAGUGUUACCAGCUUUGGAGUUUGUAAUCACAUCGAAGGACAUCACCCGCACUGGAGCAACUGCAACCCUCUUGGUAUUCAAUAACGAGAAUGGCUUUACUCCAGCAAACAUUGAAUCCAUAUCUAGAAUCGGAAAGUCAACCAAAAAGUCUAACAGAGGUAGUGGUUAUAUUGGGGAAAAAGGUAUUGGUUUCAAAAGUGUGUUUCUGGUGUCCAAGAAUCCCCAUAUAUUUAGCAAUGGGUAUCAAAUUAAAUUUAGUGAAGAUCCUUCAGUAGACUGUGGUAUUGGGUAUAUUGUUCCAGAAUGGGUUGAAGAUUAUCCAAGUAUUGCAGACAUAAUGAACAUAUAUGGCUGUCUGAAAAGCCUCCCAACCACAACUAUCAUAUUACCUCUGAAAAGUGAAAAAAUAGAUGCUGUGAAAAAGGAGCUCUCUGGCACACACCCUGAAGUACUAUUAUUCCUUUCGAAGAUUAGACAAAUUUCCGUGAGGGAGAUUAAUGAUGACCUGAAUGCUACUAGUCUUAGUCAGAUUUCUAUAUCAUGUGAAGCUGAUGCUUUAACUAGGAAGAACAUUGGUGCAGAGUCAUAUACUCGUCACUUAUCAGCUUUGGAGAACAAGACAGGUGAGCGUCAAUGCAGCUACUACAUCUGGAAGCAACAUUUUCCUGUGAAACCAGAAUGCCGUGUACAAAAGAGAGAAGGAAUGGAUCAGUGGGUUGUCAUGCUAGCAUUCCCCCAUGGCCAGAGAUUGAGCCAGGGGAUGGGAUCACCUGGUGUUUAUGCAUUCUUGCCAACUGAAAUGGCAACAAACUUUCCUUUCAUUAUCCAGGCUGAUUUCUUGCUGUCAUCAUCUAGAGAAUCAAUCCUGCUUGACAGCCAGUGGAACCAAGGGAUACUAGAAUGUGUAUCUUCUGCUUUUGUAAAUGCUUUCCUUGUAUUACUGAAAUCAAUAGAAAGUGCUCCAGCAUUUGCUCUUCCACCUAUUUUCAAAUUUCUGCCACUUAGUCACUCUUCCAUAGUGCUGAUGGAUUCUGUCCGGCUAUCUAUAAGAAAUAAGCUGAUCGAUGUGGAUAUAAUUUUGUGUGAGACCUGUUCUUCACUAAAAGUAUUCGGUAAGCCUACAGAGGUUUUCCGGAUAGAGUCUGCAUUCUGGAGCAUCAUAAACAGGGCAGUGAAGAUGGGAGUUGAUGUUCCCAACAUUUCAUCGCAUGGGACUCAUAUUCUGAAUUCCUACUUUGACAGCGAAGUAUAUGAUGAUGAGUUAGGAUUUCUUGAUAUUGGUUAUGUUGAUUCUGAGUGGUACGGAAAGUGUAUUCAGGGUUCAGAUCUUGUGGCACUGCUGCCUGAAGACAUUUAUUUUGAUCUUCUCACUUUUGUUGCUCAGAACUGGAAGGCUAAGUUUGAUAGGACAAAGAUGGAGAAAAUACCACUUGUGAAGUGUGUCGGCAGAGGUGGUCUACUAACUUACAUGAGUGUGUAUGAAGCCACAAUGGGCGAUGAGAGACUAUGCAUGCUAUCUGAUGAGGAAUGUGUACCAUUGAUCAUUAACUGGAAUAAUGAAUUCUCAACAGCGUCUCGGACACUCUUUAUGCCACUGUCUACUCAGAAAGCACUGGGUCUGUUUCCGAAGAAAACAACUGUAAUGGAAUGGCUUGAGAAGUAUGUAGGAGUGAAGAGUCUGACCCUACAUGAGUAUGCUCUUGUUGUUGUGAAAGCUUUGCAUGAGAAAAACAUGGUUCUUGCUUUUACUCGAUUCAUAUAUCACUUGCAUUCAGAGAAUUUAAUGUCAGAAUGCAAUGUAAAGCAUAUAUGCAAUUUAAUGCCCAUAGUUGACAAUUGUGGUUGUGUCGUUGCUGCAAGAAGCAUGGUUCUUGUUCCAUCUAAAGGAAGUAAGUGGGCUGCAUUGUUGGGCAAAAAUCCAUGGAAGGCACAAAACUAUGUCGAACUUGGAGAUGAUUACAUCUAUGCUAGAAAUUCCUCUGGGGAGCAUACAUGUGAUGAUCAGUUUUUAUCAUUUACAAGGACAUUUAUACAUGCCACUGAUGUGCCUUUUCUGCUUCCUCCUGAUGCUGGUUUUCCUGUUGUGUCAUCUUCAUUAACUACAGAGAAAGCACUUCUCCUUCUGGAAUGGAUUGAGAAUUUAAGUACAAGGGGUAUAUGUAUACCUAAAAAAUUCUUAAGUUGCAUCAAGUAUGGGAAUUGGCUCAAGACAUCUGUUGGAUACUGUUCACCAGCAGAUUCGUUCUGUUCAAAUGCAGAAUGGGGUUGCUUGUUUCAGGAUAGAGUUGCCUUUGCUGAUGUGCCAAUGAUUGAUCAAGAAUAUUACCUGGGCAAAAUUAUUGAUUUCAAGGAAGUAUUGGGAACACUAGGUGUGAGGUUUGAAUUUGCUGAAGUGAUGUCAUACAUAGAUUCCUUGAACAGGAACACAUACAGUCUGAUCAUCUCAUUGAGACCGUCAGAGGCGGCAAUUAGCUCAAGACUUGCUCUGGAGCUUGGAAAACUCGGAGUUCAUGUCACAUUAAAAAAGAAUUACAAUAUCAUUGUUGAUAACUUCAAGAUUCCAACAGGUCCAGUUACUUCUGGUGCUGCUAUGCUAUUAUUGAAAUGUAUCAGAUAUGCUGACUCAUGCAGGAACCUGGUGAAGGUACUAAAGAAUCGACAAUGGUUGAAGACUAAUGCUGGAUUUAGAGCUCCCCGGGAAACAUUUAUCCUCGAUCCAGAGUGGAAAUGCCUCUUAAAAUUUGCUGAUGCAGUUCCACUACUCGAUUUGCCAUUUUAUUGUAGUGAAAUUCUGACCUACCAGGACGAACUGAUGAAGAUAGGUGUGGUUCUUAGUUUGGAGCAGGCAAGCAAUUCCAUAACCAAUUAUCUGAAGCAACUCUUGUCAACAUCUUCUCUUACAAAGGAAAUUAGACUUGCUCUGCUCUCAUGCUACAAGGAUCUGAGGGAUGAGCACAAAGCAUUCCCUGCAGAUAUUCUCAAAUUUAUGCUAACAGAGAAGUGGCUGAAUACUACACAAGCUUUCAGGACUCCAGACAAAUGUGUGCUCUUUGAUUCUUCAUGGGAGCCAUUGAUGGCAGUUGCAAGCCUACCGUUCAUUGAUGACAGUGACUCGAGCAAUGGCAUGGGGAAGGAAAUAUACAUAUAUAAGAAAGAGCUCAAGGCCUUGGGUAUUAUUGUAGGUUGUAACCAGGGAGCAGACUUCAUCUUGUCAUGCCUAUCUACGGCAGAGAAACCUCAAAUGCAGAUGCCCAAUGUUGUUAACCGUUACACUGGGAUGAUUGUCAGUGACUCUGGGAUCACCAGUGAGAGUACCGAACAGAAUGUAGUACCCUUGUCUGUUGCUCACAGCCCACCUUUACUUGUGAGCUCAACUCUUGAAUCUUUGUUGAAAUGCAUGCAGACAUGCACCGAUCCCAGAAACUUUGCAGCACAAAUUAGAAAGAUGCAAAUGAAAACAACUCUUGAAUACAGGUACGCAGAUCAAUGUAUCCUUCAUGACUUGGCAUGGUCUUCAUAUCUCCGCAGGGAAGAUGGUCCUUUCAUCGAUGAAGCAUUCUAUGGCUCUGAAAUAUUGUCAUACAAGACUGAGCUCAGACUGAUCGGAGUGGUUGUGGACAUUGGCUACGGAUGCACUCUGUUGGAACAAGACUUAAAGCACUUUUUGAGAGUGGAUACCAUAACCAGGAUCUACAGAUACUUUGCAGCUUUUAAAUGGGAUCCUAGAAAUAAAAAUGAAAGCUGGAUUUGGAUACCCAAUGGAAGAAGCAGUGGCCACUGGGUGCGCCCUGCAGAUUGUGUUCUUCAUGACAGGAACUGCCUGUUUAGUACGCGCUUCUCAGUCUUGGACAAGUACUAUGAAAAGGAUUUGCUUGGAUUCUUCUCCUCCACUCUUGGUGUCAGGCACAGCCCAAGAGUUUUAGAUCACAGCAUUCUGUGGCGCUCGUGGGAGUGA